AUGACGAUCAUUGAGCAGUUAAAUUCUAAGAAGGAUGAGUUAGAGGAAAGGUUGAAUAAUCAAUACAGUGGGGGAGGAAGUCGACGAAGAGACAUAUUAAAACAUAAAAUCACGAAAAUUGAAGCAUUAAUUGCUGCUUACCACUCAACGCCUCCCCCAGUUAACUUGUCAGAAACUGAAGAAAUUCUCAAUCAGCAAGUAGGUUUUGAGGAGCAAAAGGAAAAAGUUUUGAAUAGUGUGAAGAUUAAAAAUUAUUGUGAACAUAACAGUGUUAAAAGAGAACCUUUAAUUUUAUGCUUGGUUGGAUCCCCUGGGGUAGGAAAAACUACCUUUGCCCGAGUUUUAGCCCAGGCUUUAAAGAAAGAAUUUUUUAUGGUGGCACUGGGAGGGAUGUCCGAUAGUUCUCUACUGUUGGGAGUUAGUGAGGAUUCAUCAGGGACCGAAACCGGGCAAUUGACUAAGGCUCUAGUGGAGACCAAAACUUGCGAUCCACUGAUUUUAUUAGAUGAGAUUGAUAAAGUUAAUUCUUAUGGAGGUAACUCUUCCAUUCAUAAUUGUUUAAACGCGAUUUUGGAUCCGGUGCAAAAUCAGGAGAUUCAUGAUUAUUACCUUGAUGUUAAAUUAGACUUUUCUCAAGUAACUUUUAUAGUCACAGUUAAUGACCGAAAAAAAAUUCCUAAAUACUUGUUAUCAAGAAUGCCAGUGAUUGUGGAAUUGCCUGGCUAUAGUAACGAACAAAAAAAAGAAAUUGCUCACAAGUUCAUUAAGAACAAAACCAAAGAAAAAGGAGUUCGUCAAUUGAAAUCGGCUCUGGAUAGUAUAUUUGACUAUUGCCUUUUGCAUAUUGAUUCAGAGGAUGAUCCAGAAAAAGUUUCAGAAGGCAAAGAGGAAAAAAAGGAAUUAGAAAAUUUACGCCGGGAAUUAGCGACCCUAAGAGGAGAAAAAAAUAAUCAAACUGAGUUAAAAGCCAUUAAGUUUAAUUCCCUGCUGGUGCUGCGACAGGUUAGAGGACAAUUUACUGAAAAAGAAUAUCAAGGUUACGAGGGGAGAAUAAAUACUGCGGUCUCGCGGGAAGAAAUUGAGGUCAUUAUGAAAGAAUUUUUACUAAAAACUAAGAAGCCUAUCAAGGAAAACCAGGACAAAGGAAUUCAAGAUGAACUGAAAAGAAAUAAAGACCUAAACAAGACUUUGGAGGGAAAACUUAAACUUUUUGAUGAUGAGAUAAAAAAACUAAAAGGAGAAAUACAAAAUUUUCAGGGACGAGGAAACAAAGAUAAAACCUUGUUAGUAGUGGUUAUUAUUAUCUCAACAAUUUGA